AGAGCGGUUUUGUAGCAAUGCGGCCGCGGUUUAGUGCAGUUGUGUUUUCGGUGUUGCGGUAAAUUAAAUAUUGGCGGCGUUGUGGUCGUUGUUUAGCUUUUCGAAAAUAUUAACUAGAACGCAAAUAAAGAAAGCGAUUUUAUUAAACAAGCCGCGAACAGAUCUUAGUGCGCACAGGCUUUUAUACCCAUACUGAUUAAUUGAUGUGUAUGUAUGUAAAUUUGUAUGUACGCGAAUGCCGAAUUAAAUAAAACCUAACAAAAGAUUAGCAAACCCGUAAAUUGUGUUUGCAUAGAAGUAAAGGCUCAAUUAGAGAAACUAUCAAAAUAAAUAUCUACAUAUGUAGAUUUAAUUCAACGGUUAGAUCAAAUAAGAAAAUUUUUAUAAGUAAAGCCUACGCAAUGACUGAUGAAAAUUUACACACAAUAUCGUCGGAGCAUAACAUCGACUAUCACAUUAUGUCACUUUUCAAGCGCAUGGAAGCGAUGCGCAAGGAUUCACAGGGCAAUGCCAUCAACAACCGGCUCUCGAGUACGCUACAACAAAAACGCAGUAUGCAAGGAGAGAUACGAACUUUGGAAUUUUGGAGAUCAAUAAUCAGCGAAUGUCUGGCAUCCUUCUUUUAUGUGUUCAUCGUUUGUGGGGCGGCAGCUGGCGCCGGUGUAGGUGCCAGCGUUUCAUCAGUUCUCCUCGCAACCGCUUUGGCUUCUGGACUGGCAAUGGCAACAGUAACACAGUGCUUUAGCCACAUAUCGGGCGCUCAUGUAAAUCCGGCUGUGACUUUGGCAGCAUGUAUCAUACGCGCCAUAUCCCCAGUUCGUGCUGCUAUGUACAUAACGGCUCAAUGUGGUGGCGGCAUCGCUGGAGCUGCUUUACUGUAUGGGUAAGUUGAGCAUGUUUUCAAAAAAAUAAACAAGAGCAAGAGGAUCAUGAAAAUAGG